AUGGAGAUGAACUACGAUGAAAGCACGCUUCAUCAGAUUGAGGCCGAACUGGGGACAGUCAUCUACCCAGGAACAGAGAUCAUGACCGAUACAGGCACACAUCACUUCGUGAAGUCCUCGAAUAAGUCUCACCGAGUGCUAGUACCACAGCCAUCACAAGAUCCGCAUGAUCCCUUGAAUUGGAGCCGAGGCUGGAAAUUCACUACUAUGGCUAUCGCUACUGCCACUUCUUUCACGCAGGGUUUUGGCCCUCUAGCACUCGCUCCUAUGUUUCCUCAAUUAAUCGAGGCUUUCAAUACGGACAUUGCUGGUGUUGUGCGGUUCGCUGGUGUCUGUAUCUUGAUAUUGGGAUUCAGUAAUUUCCUCUGGAUUCCCCUCCAAACUGCUUUUGGUCGACGACCUGUCCUUAUCUUCUCUACUAUUAUCUGCCUCGCUAGUAAUAUCUGGCGUGCCCUCGCAACCUCAUACGGUAGCUACAUGGGAGCCUGUAUCUUAAAUGGACUCGGUGCAGGACCAGCAGAGACAUCCCAGCCCGAGAUCAUCGCAGACAUCAUCUUCCUCCAUGAUCGUGGCGCUUACAACACAAUGUACUUUACCGCAUACUUCGGCUCCCUGAUGGUCGGCCCUAUCAUUGCCGGUCCAAUGGCCGAACACACUGGCUGGCGCAGCUUCUUCUGGCUGAAUGUUGGCAUCCUAGGCGUGACAUUGCUUCUACAGAUCUUUUUCUUCCCCGAGACUAAAUGGCACCGCGCUCAUCCUGAUGAGAUUGACGCGCAAGAGAUUGAUGUGCAAGAAUACCAGAACUCUAUGGCCAAUCCUCUUGAGAAAGAGAAGGCGGGCAAGAUAUCGCAGGAUGAGAGCGUCGUUAAGAGUGUCGUGGAUGAAGAGCUCGUGCAGAGUAUAACUGGACAUGGAACGCCGUCCAAACAGCAGUUUAAGCUGUGGCAACAGUCUGAUAAUAAUUUGAAGACUAUUGCUAUCGCUUUCAUCACACCCUGGAAGCUCCUGACGUUUCCUAUUGUCGAGUUCAGCGCGUUCGUUGUAUCUUGGUCGGCUAGUUGCUUCUUGACUCUGAAUCUUACUCAGAGUCAAGCUUUUACUGCGCCUCCGUAUAACUUCGACAGUCAGACUAUCGGUUUCUUCAACUUUGCCAUUUUCAUCGGAUCACUUAUUGGACUGGCCACAAACGGCCCCCUCUCCGACUGGAUUUCUAUGAGAGCCACUCGACGGAAUGGGGGUGUUCGAGAGCCGGAGAUGCGUUUGUCAGCUAUGGCUAUCUAUGUGGUGAUUAUGAUCAUUGGCAACAUGGUCGUUGCCUUCGGCUACAAGUACAAAUGGGACUGGAAGAUAAUUGUCAUCAUCGGAUACACUGCUAUCGGAAUUCAAGUCUCUGCCUUGCCAGCUAUCACCAGUACUUAUGCUGUCGAUAGCUACAAGCCUGUCGCUGGUUCAAUCUUCGUCGCUAUUACUGUCAACAAAAAUCUCUGGGGCUAUGGUUUCAGCGAGUUCAUUACGCCAUGGAUUAUAAAGAGCGGUUUUGUCGAUCCUAUCAUGCUGAACAUGUCCUUGACAACCCUCUGGUGCCUAUUUGCGAUUCCACUCUACUUCUAUGGAAAGAAGUUCAGAGGGUGGACGGCCAAGUCAUCCGUGCAUAAGAUGUAA